AUGGCGUCCCCUCUCGAUCUCGACGACCUCAACUACGUGCGCCUGGUACCGUACAAUGGCUCCGGCCCUACAGGAGGCGACUCCUUGACGGAGGAUCUGAACAUUUGGUAUGAGACUGGUGACAUAGGAUGGAUGAUCACGGCCACGGCGCUAGUCCUGCUCAUGAUUCCCGGCGUUGGUUUCUUUUACUCGGGGUUGGCAAGGAGAAAAUCGGCCCUCUCUCUCAUCUGGCUCUCGGUCAUGGCAACAGCCGUCACCAGCUUCCAGUGGUUCUUCUGGGGCUACUCUCUCACCUUCUCGCACUCUGCUGGCGCCUUCAUCGGCGAUCUUUCAAAUUUCGGUUUCAAGGACGUUCUCGGCCGUCCAUCCGUCGGCUCCAGCCGCCUCCCCGAUCUUCUUUUCGCCGUCUACCAGGGCAUGUUCUCCUGCAUCACCGUUGCCCUCGCCACGGGUGCCGUGGCUGAGCGUGGACGCAUGCUUCCCUGCGUAAUCUUCAUGUUCAUCUGGGCCACCGUCAUUUAUGACCCGAUUGCUUGCUGGACGUGGAACCCCAGUGGCUGGUCCAACAAGAUGGGUGGCCUCGACUUUGCCGGAGGAACGCCGGUGCACAUUGCCUCCGGCACGGCUGCUCUGGCCUACUCGAUGAUGCUGGGCAAGCGCCGUGGUCACGGCACUCACGAGCUCAACUACCGACCCCACAACGUGACGCACAUUGUCAUCGGCACCGUCUUCCUCUGGGUCGGUUGGUUCGGUUUCAACGCCGGCUCGGCUCUGUCUGCGAACAUGCGUGCUGUCAUCGCCGCCGUCGUCACCAACUUGGCAGCCUGCGUCGGCGGCAUCACUUGGUGCGUGUUGGACUACAGACUAGAGCGCAAGUGGUCCACCGUUGGCUUCUGCUCUGGUGUUGUUGCUGGUUUGGUCUCCAUCACACCGGGUUCUGGAUACGUCCCCGUUUGGGCUGCCGUGCCUUUCGGCAUUCUCGGGGCUGCGUUUGCCAAUUACGCCACCAAACUCAAGUUUAUCCUCCGAAUCGAUGACGCUCUUGACAUUUUCGCCGUCCACGGAAUCGGCGGUCUCGUCGGCAACAUCUGCACCGCCUUUUUCGCCGCCAACUACAUUGCUCACCUCGACGGUGUCUCUGAGAUUGACGGUGGCUGGAUCAACCAGAACUGGAUCCAGCUCGGGUACCAGCUCGCUGAUUCGUUCAGCGGCGGUGCCUACUCGUUCGUCGGUACCUGCAUAAUCCUCUUCAUCAUGAACAUGAUCCCUGGUCUCCGCCUACGUGCCACCGAGGAGGCCGAGAUCCUGGGUAUCGACGAUGCCGAGAUCGGCGAGUUUGCCUACGACUACGUUGAGCUCACCAGAGAGGUGCUCAACGACAUGGAUAACGAGGCGGCCAGCCGGUACUCGAACGACAUGGGCUCCUUUCAGCCCAUGGAGAAGAACAACAGCAUCCCUUUGAUGGACGCCCGCAACUUUGCCGGGUCAUCACAAUACCCAUCACAAUUCGGUCAUGCUCAAUAA